CAAAAAAGAGGAUACUCUCACUCUCUGCCUCCUCCUCUUCUUCCUCUUCUUUACCUUCUUCUGAUGUCGCUGCAGCUCAACGAUGCAUACCAAAGGAAACUCCUGCUGCUGCUCCUUUGAGGACUACAAACUGACCACUGAAUGGCUGCUGAACCAGACAAGUCACCGUCCGAAGGUGGCGGUUAUCUGUGGAUCAGGACUUGGUUUGCUGGCUGACAGAGCUGCCAACAAGCAGACCUUUAGGUACCAGGACAUCCCCAACUUUCCUGUUAGCACAGUCCCAGGUCAUGAUGGCUGUCUGGUGUUCGGGAUGAUUGAGGACACUCCGUGUGUCUUCAUGAAGGGUCACUUCCACCUGUAUGAAGGUUACUCCCUCUGUCAGGUGACCUUCCCUGUGAGGAUCUUUAAGUUGAUGGGGGUGGAGUCAAUGCUGGUGACAAAUGCCUCUGGAGGGAUCUGUCCGGACUUUAAGGUUGGAGACAUCAUGAUCAUCAAAGACCACAUCAACCUGCCAGGAUUUGCUGGACAACAUCCACUAUGUGGACCCAAUGAUGAGCGCUUUGGGAUCCGGUUCCCCUGCAUGUCAGAUGCCUACAGUAAGGACCUGAGGGGUCUGGUUCUGGACGUUGGUUCUGAACUGGGCUGCAGUGAUUUUAUCAGAGAAGGGGUCUACUGUAUGGUGAGCGGACCCAACUUUGAGACCAUCGCCGAGGCCAGAAUGCUGCUGGUCCUGGGGUGUGACUCUGUGGGUAUGAGUAUGGUUCCUGAGGUGACCGUGGCCAAACAUUGUGGACUCAGAGUUCUCGGUCUGUCCCUCAUCACCAACAUGGUGAGUCUGGACUACAGUCGAGAGGAGAAGGUGAACCACGAUGAGGUUCUGGAGAUCAGCAAGAUGAGGGCUGAGGUUCUGCAAAAACUCGUCACCACGCUGAUCAGCCGCUGCCAGCAGCAGAGCAUCAACACACACUGAAGCAGCUGACCAAGUGUGUGUGCUGUCAGCUGUGACUUCCUGUUUUUAAUAAAUUGGAAGUUCUGGUUCA